AUGAAUGGAUUGCACGUCGUUGGGAGCACUGAGCCCUAUAGAAGCUUCCAAACCCUGCUGGCACAGUGGAUUCGUGCGAAGUGUCCUGAAGCGGUAUUCACCACCAUUGUCAUCAACCACAACUUCGAGAUUGACCGUCACCGGGAUUCGAAAAACGUUGGACCAACAAUCCUUCUGGCUGGAGGCGAUUUUACCGGAGGUGGUUUGCGGUUAUGGCUGGGAGACGGUGACAAGGUGAAACUUCAUGACCUGUCUGUGGAUGAUUCCACCGUGGUGCCUUUGGAUGAGCUGAAGUACACAGCCUGUCUGUUUGAUGGGAACAAGGCACACGAAGUGCUACCCUUCGAAGGUGAUCGCUUUAGCAUCAUGGCCUAUACGGUGAGGGGUUUCCUGGAUGCUACUGACAGCGACAGACAUGGCCUUGAGGCUAUGAGUUACAACUUUCCGACCCACGAAACCUUGUGCAGACUCCGUCGCACGAUGGAAACCGUGCCUCGGCAGUGA